GAACGAAGGAUAAUAUCUAUAAUGCCAAAAAUCAAAACGAUACGUAAGACGUCGAAAAGUGCUCUCGAACAGUCCCGAUAUAUCAACAACAGAUGUCGUCGUAGAAAUGGCUUGUCUCACAAAGAAAACCUACCAUUGACGUUUUGUAGUCCUAAGCAACAUUUCUCAACUUUAAAAACGCGGCAAGCUGGUGCUAGUGAAGACAUAGAAUGUUCCCCCAAACUUUUUCCUCAUUUCAUCCAUGUCUGCAACCUGACCACAGAUUUCACGGAUCGGGCUGCUAAAGUCUUCAAAAUCCCGCGGCAUCAAUUCAUCCUUGAAAGGAUGAAAAUUUGUUUUAAGGUUCAACGGUUAGAUACCUUAAACAAACAGUCGAUGCCCUGCUGUCAAGCAAAUAUGUCGUCCUUUCCAACCAUAUGUGUCUGUAAAGCAGGGCAAAUCAACAUAAGAAACGGAGUUCUUUAUAUCGGAGAAAAGACAUUCAAGAAAACAAAGAACAUGUUAAACGUAAGCAAUUUGGACACCAUUGCAAUACGAUCUGCAAUAACGGACCCUGAAGUUAGAGAAAUCCACGAGGCUUUGACAACACUUUUAGAAACCCCAGUCUGGGAACUUCUUGUAGAAAUCAAACAAAACAUACAAUUGUCAGAUGCAUCUCAUAAGGUGGACAUGCUUUCCAUGGAAUUGGAUGUUCUGCUGAAUACAGUUAAACAUGUUCAUUCCAGAGAUAUGAUUAUCGAUAGGGUUCCUGAAUACCAAGCCUAUUCGGAUAUUCCUAAAGAUGUUAAAGAUUAUUUGCUCAGAAAACGAGAAAUCAAUGGAUUUGGAAUAAUGAACAAUAACGAAUUCCGGAUUUUUGUAAAUCACGAAAACAAAAGAAGACAUCUACGACAAAAUAUGCUGAGAAUGUUCCCAAAUAGUUUCAAAACAAAAUUAAAUUUACAAGUAAAAGUUGGCAAACCUUGUAUUUGCUUUUAUUCUCAACAGGGGGAUAAGAUAUAUACGAGAAGUUCCUCUGAAGAAUCAACUAAUGGAAAUAGUUACGGCACAUUAGGAGGAUUUGUUUCUGAUCAAAACAAUGAUACGCUUUUUUUAACUUGCUCGCAUGUCUGCCAAAAAGGGGAUAUUAUCUUUGCUGGUGACAACAAUUCCGGAAUAAAAAGAAUCGGAGAAUGUGUAUUUGCAAAUAACCUUAUAACAAAACCAACUAUCGAUGUUUUUAUUGAUGUUGCUCUUGUGAAGAUUGAUAGUGAAGUCGUAGACAGUUGCAAUCUAUCAAUGCUUGAUAAUACUUUUCAACAAUCAAACGUCAAGAUUUACUUAGAAAACUUGCAUAACAUUGCCAAAAGAGCCUUUGUUUACAAGAUUGGGGCAUCGACAUCGGUGACCAAGGGAUUGAUUACAUCCCCAGAGUUCCACCUUAAAAUAACUGGAGGAAGAGCUGAACUUUUUUUUGUUUCCGAUAUUGCUGAUAUUCCAUUUGCCGAACAAGGUGACAGUGGAUCUAUUGUUUUCAUGAUCGAAAAUAGCUCUGCUCUCGAUACUAUACACGUUAUCGGAAUGGUUUCUGGUGUGUUCACACCGCGUCAACCAUCUGGAGAAGAUGAGAAGGUAGAUAAAAACAGGAAGACAGAGAAAAAAGACGAUGGGGGAGCCAAAAAGGAGGUUAGCUGUACUGGGGAUAUUACCUGCUUUAGAAUAGACACGACUAUGGAAUUUUUAAGGAAGAAAGGCAUUGAUGUUUGCUUUAGAAAUCAAAUUUGAAAGUAUCAGUAUCAGCAGCAUUCUUGAAAUCAUAAAACAUGUAGUAAUCUAUUUUUGUUUACCAAAAAAGCAUACAGACCACUCUGUUUUUUAGUUUAAACUUAAAGAUAUCUAUAGUUUAAGAUAAUAUACGGAAAUGCCAUGCCUUAUAAUACAAUCUGGUAGAAAUAUGGAACUUGCUAUUACUUUGCAAAUUAUAUAUGUCAUUUAAAUAUAACUGUAAGAAAAAAGGACUUGGAGGUGUCAAAAAUGGGAAUAGAAGUCUUAAUGAUGAUGUUUUCUUUAGCACAGACAAGACUGAGUGAUUUCUAAAAAAAAAAAUGUUGAAAUGUUGUUUUUGCAAAUCAAAUUUUAACAGAUUAAGCUUGAAAAAAGACAUAUCAAAAACAUUUUUAAAAAACAUAAUGAUAAAAUAAACAUCAUUUGUUGAUAACAAACGUUAAAAUAUCAUUACCUUUCUUAAUUGUGAUCUAACGGUAAUAUUUUUUGCAAAUAUAUUUGUUGCAAAUUAGGAAAAUAAGUUUUCAUUUUUCAUAUCUGGAGAAUGGCAUGUGAAAACUUCAGUCUUGGGGCUUUUUGUGAGAAAAACAAAUUUUCUUGUAUAUCUCUUAAAUGUUUUUAUAUGUUUUAUACUUUGGGUGGACAGCGCAAUCAGUGUCAGCGGAAAUAAACAUUAAUUUUCUUUAGUUUAUCGUUAAAUUAAAGAAACAAAAAGAUUUAGUUGAUGUUUGUACACCAUUGAAAAUUUAUAUCUAACUGUUAUAUGAUCUGGCUUCAGGAUCAUAAAACAAUCCUAGACUUAAAAAAAAAAAAUUACACUUUCUGAAUCUCUUUUAAUUGAAAAUACUGACAAAAUUGAUACUAGUAUGCUAUUAAAAGUGUCUUGAUAUUAAGUUUUUAAUUACAAAUUUUUAAUCGUCAUAUUAUGAUAAACAAUUAUGUAAUGACUGAUUGAAAUUUUGACUUAAGUCUGAAAUUGCUUCAUGAUCUUGAUGCCUGUUGACCUUACCUAUUGUGUACAUACAUUAUUUGUACUGUAUUAUAUACUUGUAAAGGGAGAGAGCGGUCUAAGAUUUUGAACUUGUGCGUAAUCCCAUUUGUAAUUUUGUACAAUGAAAAUAUGUUCAAAUCAAAUCAAAUCAUAUAUGUAUAUAUAUAUAUAUGCUUUUGCAUAAGCAUUAUUUCUUUAAUGGUCAUUUCUCAUUUACUCUUUAUUGUAUAAUCCGUUUGAGUAAAAUAAAAGAUGAAUAUUUAGUUACAAAACCUGUCGAUGAAUAUUUUUUAAUCAAAGUAUUAAUUAAGUUAUUUUGACUUAAGGAUAAUGCUUACCGUUUGCGGUCGUUUUUUCUUAGUGCUAAGCUUUAUUUUUCGGAUUAAUUUAUCAUGUUUAACCCUAAGAAAAACAGUUAAAAAACCAAGUGCACAUACAUCAAAACUUAAUUUUAACGAAACCAAAGAAAAGAACUACAUAUGAUAUUAGUCAAAUUUGGCCCCCUAAAUUCGCUAUUUUAAAAUGAUUCAGAUACAUUAAUUUGUUGUGCUAUUUUAUAAAAGAGUUGACAAAAAAUAUGUUUUUCACCUAUUAUUUGAUUUAUAUACACUCCCUGGCAGUAUAUGACGUCAGAAGUGACGCUAUUUUUAUAAUUCAAUCAAAAUCAGUCAAAAAUUGACAUUUUUCUUAUCUUUUUUCGAAUGGGAAACAUAGAGCGACUCUUUGAACAAGAACGAACUUUUUGUCACGGAUAAGUACUAGAGAGAUACAUCUUUGAUGAACAUAUUUUGUUUGUUUAAGAAGUCGCUCAAUGUUUCCAAGAAAUACUGCUUUAAAAAAAGCCGUUUUAUGCUAAAAAUAACAAAGUAGCGGGAAAAGGUAAACAUUAUGAUGUCAUAACUUUAAAUUUUGGGCACUGAAACCAAAAUGAAAAAUUAUGAAAAAACUUUAAAUGUGAAUUUGUACAAAUAAAACAAAGAAUUACAGUAAAAUGAUCAUUUAAGGGGGCCAUUUUAGGUCAAACCAUAUAUAGUCCUUUCUUUUUGAAAGUUUUUGUCAUAUUUCGUUUUACUUUCAAAAACAUAUUUAAAAUAGAGAAAUACGGAGAAAUCAAAUUGAGUAUUGUACUAAUUAUUAGUAUCUAAGAAUUUACACGAGUAUAAAAUGGUAGGAGCAGUAUAUGCUAAAUGAACUGCAAGGCAAUUCAUAAAAAGAAAUAAACUGUUUCUAAAGGUAAUACCGGUAUAAUGGACCUGUUGAGUUCAUUCUUCACCAUUCAUUCUUUUUCAUCAAAUAAAAAAUAACAGACAAAUUGUGAACGUAAAGUUUUUUUUAAUAAUUGUACGUGAAGAUGCUGUGAAAAAAACUCCAAGUAAACUGAC